AUGUCGUGUAGCUUAAAACGUUUCAUACCCGUAAUAACCAAUAAUAAGCACACACUACAGGCUAUUAUCGAAAAGUCCUUGUAUUCUACUGCAACAUCAUCCCCGAAUACAAUAAUUGUAAAUGGUAAAGAAUUCGAAACAGAUUCAGAAAAAACAAAUGUUCCACAAAACAUCUUAAAAUUAACAGACAAAGCAUUGCAUUUAAAAGCAUCGCAUCCAAUUGGUAUUUUACGUACUUUAAUUGAAAAUAAGUUGAACUCUGAUGAUCAUGCCUUUGAGGUAUAUAACAAUUUCAAACCUGCAGUUUCAGUUUUUGAAAACUUCGAUAGUUUGGGCUUUCCUAAAGACCAUGUAGGCAGAUCCAAGAGUGAUACUUAUUAUAUUAACAAGGAUCAUCUGUUAAGAACUCACACCAGUGCUCACGAAAUGUUUUGUUUCGGGAACAUUCAGAAAAAAAUAACUGACAAACCAGGUUAUUUAAUAUCUGCCGAUGUUUAUCGCCGUGAUGAAAUCGACAAAACUCACUACCCUGCUUUCCAUCAAAUGGAAGGUGCUCGACUUUGGCCGAAAACUGAAGCUGGGCAGAAGCAGUUGAAAAAAGAUAUUUCUGUUUUGGAAACAAAGCUGAAUCAAAUUAAAAAUUUUACUGUUAUCGAUAUGCCAUAUAAAGAAGAAACAAACCCUAAACAAAAGCAUAUGACAAAAGAAGAAGUUCAGUUGGUAAGUACGCAUUUAAAGAGAACCAUAGAAUUAAUUGUUGCGGAAGUUUUCAAUAAAAAACUAGCUAGUGAAGGUAAAACAAAUGAAGAAAUCAAAUCCCGCUGGAUUGAAGCUUAUUUUCCAUGGACAGCUCCAUCUUGGGAAAUUGAAGUUUGGUGGAAAGGCGAAUGGUUGGAAUUAUGCGGUUGUGGUGUUGUGCGCGAACAAGUUCUAACUAAUGCAGGUAUGGGAACAAACGAGAAGAUCGGUUGGGCGUUUGGUUUAGGUUUAGAUCGUGUUGCUAUGCUACUAUUUGACAUUCCUGAUAUUAGAUUAUUCUGGACCGAUGACCAAAGAUUCCAUGAACAAUUUAAAGAAAAUACCAUUUCUAGUUUCAAACCGUACUCUAAAUAUCCCGGAACUAUUCGUGAUAUUUCUUUUUGGGUCAACAAUUCUAUUGAUAUCCAUGAAAAUGAUCUAAUGGAAAUUGUCCGAAACACUGCUGGCGAUUUAGUAGAAAGUGUGAAAUUAAUUGAUGAUUUUGUUCAUCCUAAAACAGGACGUCGCAGUUUAUGUUACCGUAUUAACUAUCAAAGUAUGGAUAGAAAUAUUACUAAUGAAGAAAUCAAUAACCUACAAGAUACUGUUCGCGCCAACUUGGUUGAACAAUACAAAAUUGAAUUAAGAUAA